AUGUAAAUAAACUUUAGGAAUUAUCAAUAUAGUGGUAGUAUACUUAACUAACGAAUACCUCAAUUUAUGAUUCGAAAAUAGAACUAAUGGUUGAAUAAGCUUAAAAUAUCACCAUAAAAAUAUUAAUUUGAAAGGUCUUUAUAAACUUCAAUCAAUAAAAUUGAGAAAAAUGUAAAUAUUAAAACUUCAAGCUUGAGUCAGGAAGUGAAAAACAAAAUAAUUAUUUAAUAAAAGCCUAUACUGUAUGAUUGUUAUACUAAUAAUAAUGAUUAUAUAGUAAACUAAAAAUCAACAAAAAUAAAUAAAAGGUCUAAUCCUUAAUAAACAAAAAUUUAAUAAACAAUGUUAUAGUCAGAUCCAAUUAAAAUUUGUUAAUAAUUUAGAAGAUUUUCUGAGAGAUUAAAUGAUUCAUACAGAAGUAGAGUUAAAAAAUAGUUGAAAUAAUAAUAGUAAUUUAUAAACCUAUCAAAAGACAUAGAAAAAGAGUCUAUGGGUUGGAGUCAUAGAAGUUCUAAAAGUCUUAUAUGA